GUCAGAAAAACCCGUUUUCUUCGUCAAUAUGUAACCACUGCGCCGCUUGUUUGAGCCCACAAAUCGCAACUUUGAUGUUCACUAAUUGGAUGACGUGUCUGCUUGACAUUAAGGAUAUUGUACACGUAUUCCCCUUUAUAAAUGCGAAGACGGAUUAACGCUGUAAGGACAAUUUAAACGCCGAUGCUGGUCAGCUGUAUUGUGGAUAACGUUACGAUAUAGAGUGAACCUGGACUGGAGCAUAUUCCAAGUGUCUGGCCUUCCAGCCUUUCCUGCGUUCAGUAACUGUUGUGGGCUGUGGAUGUUUUUUUCCUCAUCAGUGAUUCCUUAUGCUUGAUAGAAGCUGCACCCUGUGUCUUGCAGGAUGGAUGGUGUGGACUUAAAGAGACUUGUGUAUCAACAUCAGCACUCUGUGUUCUGCUGUGGUGUUCAAUCUUUUACCAUUUACAAGAGAACACCUCCCAUUCUACACCUCCAAUCUCUGCACUAUAUAUAUAAAGACUGUCUUUGAGCAGUAAAAAAGAGAGCUGAAGGUAGAAGUUGUUAGACUUUUUUUACUUUUCAAACACAGAUCGAUACUGCUUACAUAAGCCUAUAUGACGGACAUGGAAGCAUACUUAUUUAAUUAGUUAUUGUACACCCUUACUCUUAGUGUGGGUGGUGGGAUGUCGGAAAAGCCAGACAACAAAAUGGUGAAGUUCCUGGCUCCCCCUCAAAAGAGUGGAAAUGGCCCCAGUUCUGGUUCAGAUUCGAUGGUGAGUGAGUGCCGGCCAACAGAGGUGAGACGCCGGCAUCACACCAUGGAGCGGGAUCGAUGUAACCCUGAACACCGUUUCUUGCGCCGCAGUGUCAUCAGUGAUUCCAAUGCUACUGCAUUGGCCCUCCCUUUACCCAGCAAGAUCCCCAUCCCUGCACCUCAACGGGUUCACCUACGAGAAGCUGCCCCCGAGCAGCAACUGGCUGCUGCUACUGGUCAUCUGCAGCGGGCUGAACCAAUUUUAGCUCGGAAUGCAGAGUCUGCUGAUAGUGGAGGAGGAGUAGAAGGAAAAGGAAUAGCCAAGGUGGAUGUAGUGCCUUCAGAAAAGGAGCCUGCCAUUUUACAAGAUACCUGUGAUGGAGAGGUUGUGUUAGCAGCCCGUUCCGCACCAGGCUUAGGAACAGAAUUGCCAAGUCAAACAGAACCUGAAAGCACCACUGAGGUGAAGGUUCAUCAUGAAGAAGAGGGGGAGGAAGAAGAUAAGGACUCUGCCAAGGCACGAGCAGAGGCAGAACAGAGAGAAGCUGAGAAAAAAGUGCAGGAUGACAUUGAAGAGGCAGAGACCAAAGCAGUUGGAACAUCCCCAGAUGGGCGUUUCCUAAAGUUUGAUAUAGAAAUUGGACGUGGGUCCUUCAAGACUGUGUACAAGGGCUUGGACACUGAGACCACAGUGGAGGUGGCUUGGUGUGAGCUGCAGGAUCGUAAGCUUUCAAAGACAGAGAGGCAGCGCUUUAAGGAGGAAGCAGGAAUGUUAAAGGGACUACAGCAUCCCAACAUUGUCCGCUUUUACGACUCCUGGGAAGGACCCUCCAAAGGCAGGAAGUGCAUUGUAUUGGUCACUGAACUCAUGACUUCUGGCACACUCAAAACAUAUCUGAAGCGGUUCAAGGUGAUGAAAAUUAAAGUACUGCGGAGCUGGUGUAGGCAAAUCCUCAAGGGGCUCCACUUCCUUCAUACUCGGGCUCCCCCCAUCAUCCACAGGGACCUUAAGUGCGACAAUAUUUUCAUCACAGGCCCAACCGGAUCCGUCAAGAUAGGAGACUUGGGACUGGCCACACUCAAGCGUGCAUCAUUUGCCAAGAGUGUUAUAGGUACCCCUGAGUUCAUGGCGCCUGAGAUGUAUGAAGAGAAGUACGACGAGUCAGUGGAUGUGUAUGCCUUUGGAAUGUGCAUGCUGGAGAUGGCCACCUCAGAGUACCCUUACUCAGAGUGCCAGAACGCUGCACAGAUCUACCGCAGAGUUACCAGCGGGGUGAAGCCGGGCAGCUUUGACAAGGUGGCCAUUCCUGAAGUGAAGGAGAUCAUCGAGGGAUGCAUUCGCCAGAACAAGGAUGAGAGGUACUCGAUCAAGGACCUUCUGAACCAUGCCUUCUUCCAGGAGGACACAGGGGUGCGUGUGGAGUUGGCGGAAGAAGAUGAUGGAGAGAUGGAGUAUAUUAAGCUGUGGCUGAGAAUUGAGGAUGUGAAGAAACUCAAGGGAAAAUACAAAGACAACGAAGCUAUUGAGUUUUCUUUUGACCUCAACAAAGACGUCCCAGAGGAUGUGGCUCAGGAAAUGGUCGAGUCUGGUUAUGUAUGCGAAGGUGACCACAAGACCAUCGCAAAGGCCAUAAAGGACAGGGUGUCUCUAAUCAGUCGCAAGAGAGCACAGCGACAGCAGGUCAGAGAAAAUCAGGAGAAGAGAAGGCUAGAAGAAGAACAACAGCAGAGUCAGUUACCUCCAGCACAGCAAUCAGGCCAGCAGUCAAGCACGGAGGUGCCUCAGGUACAGCCAGUGCCACAGCCUGCUACUUAUGUCCCUCCACAACCAAACCAACACAGCACACAGAUGUCUGCCCAACCUGCAUCUCAGCAGAGCCUUCAGAGUUCUAACUAUAACACUCCUCAGUCAACCCAACUGACCAGCAUGGCACAGGGUGUCCCUUAUAUCCCCCAGUCAACUGGGCAAGUCCCAGUUCAGGGUCAGAGUGUGGCCACCAUCCAGCUAGAGUCUGAGGAGCCUGAGACUGACCAACACCAACAACUACAACACACUGGAGGAGCCAGUCACAUGGGAGACCGACUUCCUGGUUCCACCAUCCCUCCUGAGGUACAGCCUCCUCAGUCUGGAAUAUCCUACAGCUCUCCUCCCAGUCAUCACCUUCAGCCCCAGGUGUCACUCCCACAGACACAAAAUGACCACACGCAACAACAGCAGUUGUCAGUGGUUCAACCCCAGAUGCAAGGUGUCCAGCCUGAAGUUGUUCCAGUUGCGCCAAGCAGCCAGUCUGUUCCAGUGACACCUCCACAGUACGGAGUUUACUACCAACCAUCGCUUCCCCCUCAGAUUCCCACCCAGCAAGUGAUGAUGCCUCCAUCAUCUCAGUCGUCUCACUCCCAACAGCAGCAACAGUCAGAGAGCAGCACUAGUCUUCAGAGCUCCACUCUACCGCAGGCACAGACUGGAGUUCAGCAGCUACAGGCCCCUGCGAGUGUUCCUCAGUCAGCACCAGCAGAGCAGCCAGGAUCCUCUGCUCUGGUGCCACCAUCUGUAGACAGCUGCCUGUCAGAUGCAGCUUCAGGUCUUAGUGACGGCAAUGAUGGAAGUUCUACAUCAGGAGGUCGCCAUGAGGGACGCUCACUGAAACGUCACCAGCGGCGAUCUGUACGCAGCCGCUCCCGCCAUGACAAAACUGCAAAGGCCAAGCUAAAUGUUCUCAGUAUCUCUAACGUGGGAGACCGAGUAGCAGAGUGCCAGCUGGAAACGCACAACAGGAAGAUGGUGACCUUCAAGUUUGACCUUGAUGGUGAUAAUCCGGAGGAGAUUGCACAGAUUAUGGUUGAAAGUGUAUUCAUCUUGGAGAAUGAGCGGGAGUCCUUCAUCGAGCAGAUCCGUGAAGUCAUAGAAAUGGCUGAUGAAAAAGGAGAGGGCAUGAAGGAAGGCUUUCCUCAGAUGAGUGAUCACCAACAACAGCCUGUGCUGUCUGUUCCCAUGCUGCCAGGCAUUUCCCCCAGCACUACAUCUCAGGUGGUGCAUUCGGCAGGACGGAGGUUUAUAGUCAGCCCAGUGCCAGAGUCUCGUCUUAAAGAACAGUUCUUUGGUACUCCUUCUGCCAAUACCUCCUUUGGCGAUGAACCUGCUCCCUCUAUGACAUUGGGUCUUUCUCUGUCUGCGCCAUCUGGGAUUCUCCAGCAGGCAUUCAGUGAAAUGAAGCAGGCCCGUGUAGAGAGAUGCAGCACCCUUGAUCCCCCUGCUGCUGAGCUAGAAGCAGGCACUGCCCUUGCCACUGAGGCUGGACUCGGUCCAAACUCUAAAAAUAUCCUGGCUCCUCCAGAAGUGGUAGCUUCCGCUGCUGGUACUACUUUUCCUGGCGUGCCUCUCACAUCUACUGCAACAUCCUCACCACCUCCCUCAACUGGUAGAGUUUCCCCUCCACCUAUAGCCACUCAGUCCCAAACUCCAGUUCCUGUCACCAGUGAUCCCAGUCCACCUCCUCAGUCUUCACAUGAACCAGCCCCGUCGCCGCUUCCACCAGCUGCCAGCAUCCCGCCUACAUCUUCCACUGUUUGUCCACCAUCAGUGCAGACCUCCGCCCCCGCAGUACCUGGGCCUCAACUGAGCAGUAGUUCUGUCUCGGUCUCUCCUGUUGCUAGUGUUACAUCCAGUAGUACUGGCACUGCCCCUGCUCCAGAGCAGCAGCCUUUUAAUAGUGCUGUUUCGUCCUCUCAGCCUGUGAAUUCGUCCACCCAUGCACCACAGCACACCACCUCCCAAGCUCAGCCUGUCCCCAGUUCUGCUCAGCCCCCUCCUCCCAGCGCGUUACCCAGUCAGAGCCAGGUCCAGCCACAGCCAGUGGAGUCCGAGGGGGCUGAGCUCCAGAACAAGACCGCUGGCAGAGAUGAUAUCCAGGCUCUAGAUAAGAAGCUACGGUCCCUCUUUAAAGAUCAAAGCUCUGCAUCAGUGGAUCAGAACACAGGCACCUCCUCUCCCCCCACUGGGACUUCUUCUCCUCCACCUGGAGCCGCCCUAGUGCCCCCAUCUAACCUUCCCCUCACCUCUGGGGUGCAGGGUGUCCUGGGUCCCACAACCACCCCAGGACAGGGUAUUUCCUCAACUGGACAGACGCCUCCAACUAAGCCCAGGGCACAGACUUUACCUACUGGUUUUGAUCAAGCUGCUACACCUCCAUCUGAACUUGCACCCCCUUUUCCUGGGCCAAAUCAGUCCCAGAAACCCCUGGGUAAUUUGGACGCCCAGUUGAGGAGAGCUCUGAGCCCUGAGACUGUUCAGGGAGGUAACGGAGUCCAGCCUCCGGCAGCUGGUUUCACUCUGGGACGUUUCCAAGUGUCUGUUGCUGCCGAUGGUGUGACCAGCCGCAUUCCAGAUCCCUCAAGCAUUGUUUCCUCUUCUUCCCUUGUGUCAUCCUCUACCUCCCCUUCUUCUUCUUCCUCUUCCUCCUCCUCCUCCUCCUCUUCGUCCCCCUCAAGUCCAGAAAAUACCCUCCACCGGUCAUCCUCUCUGGCCAAAGGAGUUUGUGAAACUGACACAAUAAAUGCCUCCUCCCUCUCCGCUGGUCCUGCCAGCCAGCCCACCACUAUUGGGCGCUUCCAAGUCUCCAUGAGCACAAAUGCCACAUCCGGGCCAAGCACUGGCUCUAAAGUGGGACGUUUUUCCGUCACAGUGACCCCAGCUCCAGCAGCAGGCUCCAGUCCAUCACAUGGUUCCAGUAGGCAGAAUGGGCCCUCAUCGUCAACGUCUGAUCCUCAUAACGCACACACCCAUUACAGUAGUGACAAUAACGACGACUCUGAGACUGAGGACGAAGCUUUGCAAAAAGAAAUUAGUCGCCUCAGGGAAAAACAUAUGAUGGAGAUCCAGAUAUUGCAGACUCGUCAGAAAGAGGAGAUAGAGGCCCUGUUCACGCGGAUGGGAAAACCUCCUCCUCCUUCUGUCUUCUCCCCUGCUGUGGCAAUGGCUGGAGGGCGACGAAGGCUCAAAAGCAAAACCUCCAAAUCUGCUCGCAGUAGUGGAAAGCCCAGCCCCAUACACUUAGGAACCCUUGCCUCAGCUCAGAGUCUUCCUUGUUCAGAGUCCCUUCCAAAGCAAAGUUCACCCUCAACAUCAGAGGCCUCAGAAACCGCAACAGAGGCAUCACAAGUUAACAGGUCAUCCAUAAAGCAGCUUAGAUCCUCUCCAUCUAUGCCCAGCCUCAGUAGUUGCGCCACAGGAUCAAGUGGGACCAGCUCCACUAAUGGUUCAGGCCACAGCCAGAACCACUCUACUCCUCUGAGCCAGGCGACUGGACCCAGUCCUCCUUCCUCUCACACCCAGAAGGGUAAGGGUACCUUCACUGAUGACCUGCACCAACUGGUGGAUAACUGGGCCAGGGACAUCAGCCUUUCCCAGUGCAAGAAAGGUCCUAAAACUGGAGCCCCAGCACCUCCGGGACUUGAUAUUAUCCCUCCAGCCAACAUGGGCCGUAAAUUCUCAGCCCCAGGCUACCUCUGUCCAACACUUCCCACGCCUUCCACCACCACGUCCACCACAUCCACUCACCUCCCCAACCCAGCCAAUCCCUCUGUCCCUUUGGGGCCUCGUAAGGGCUCUCUGGGACCAGCUGCGCCCGGGUUUGGAUACACCUCAGCCCCAUACAGUGCUCCUCAGUGGGCAGGACCCACAGGCACAUGCCAGGUCAGCAUGCUUAACCCCACACAGCCACUAACGCAGUACCAGCCGCCUACGACAGCCUCAGUGUCCCUGCACCAAGGCUAUCACAUGGGAACCACACCAGCCCCCCAGAAUGCAGUUAGCCCUGGAGGGUCCAACCUAAGGCCUACGUAGCCCAGUUGUAGCCCUGGUCCAGGCUGAGACGGAGGGCCAAGCAGGGCAGACAGUCGUCAAACGAGAACCAAUGGCUCUAUUUACAGUUGGCUGGUUAGCUGGCUGGAUAUUGUGCUUUUUAUUUUUAUUUCAACUUUUAUUAUUAUGUGUUUUUCCUGUAAUAGAGUUGACCUGUGUGGUUCAAGUCCUCUCAGGCAGAAUGAAAUCUGUCUGGCAAUUGGAGGGAGAGUGCAAUACACAUCCACAGCACAAGAGUCGUGCACUUAGCCUUCUAUCAGCUGUGGAAAUUGAGCUGUGACGAGUUGGUUGGUUGUGUCUGGUAAUGUAAUGACCCAGGGACGUAACCAACAGCAGCCAAAGAUGUCUAUACCUUUUGAAGAGGAGAAGGUAGUAGGAAUCCUGGUUCACAUCCUUACUGGUCCUGACUUGAAGCUGAGCUGGGACAGAAAACGGUUGAACUAAUACACCACAUAGACACAUGUAUAGACACAAGUGUGCGCACACACACACACACACACACACCUGACUAAACAUUAGCCUGGUUGAGUGAUUUGGGAUGGUAGGUUACGUUGUCUCAGAGAGCGAUGGACGGAGUGUACAGAAAGUGGGAGAUAAGAGUGGGACAGUUGGUUUGUCCCGGAUGGAAUGGCAAAGUGUGACUGGUUGAGUUGGGAGCAGAAAGAAUAGCAAGUUAGGCAGGAGUGUAAUGGAUAGGGUGUCAGUAUAAAUACAUCCCAAUGGCUAUCUAUUAAGUAAAAUGCAAUAACGGCAAAGAGUAGAUAAACUGUCCCUUGUAACUGUGGCCUUAAUCCCCAAACACAUUUAAACAUUGACUUUGUACAUAGAUAUUUCUUCACUGGGUUAUGAUUCCAUGUUAAGCAUAUGUAUGUCCCUGUGAGUCUGGUGACAUUGUGAUUUGAGUUGUCCAUCCAUACAGAUUUAUUAUACAGAUUUAUUCUUCUUCAUCUGAUGUGUAAGCCAGUGGACCUGCCACAUAAAAAAACAACAACAUUGUCCUGGUGUUGACCACCAUUUGCAGUGUGAAACUUAAGAGGUGGUGCUGCUGUAAAAUCACAUUCUGGUUGAGGGUGUUUGCAGGUAGGGGUUUUAUUUUUAUUUAUUUUUUACGCAAGAAUGAAAUGGUUGACACAUGAAAUAACUUAGUGCUGAUAGAAGCAGUUCGAAAUAUGCUUAUCAUAAAACAAGAAAUAAUUUUGGUUUAUUGCAAUAGUAUUUGUUGAAGGUUUCAGUCUCUGAGGGGAUGCAGCCUCCCCACUUCUACCAGUUGUUUACACCUAUGGUGCCCAGUACACAGAUGAACAGGUUGUUAGUGGAUUCAACACAUUAGAUAACAUUUAGCCGUCACCUCUCAAAUCACAAGUGUCUGGGGUUCUCUCUUUCUGUGGUCAGUUUUUGUAUGCGUAUAUUUAAUAAUAAAACAAAUGUUCUUUAUGGACCUGUAUCAGCCAUCAGAUUUUGAUGUUGUUUCACUGUAAUUGUUAUUAAAGGUUGUUAAACAACCUGUAGUUUAAAGGAAUAUAAAAAAAAAAAGUGCAAUUGCAGGGUGGUUGUUGUUGGUCUCCUACUCAUCACGCAGGAGUAAUCCUGUGGUUUAUUAAGCUCUUCUCUGACUGCCCUGCCCACCCCCCCUUCUCUAUUUUAUUGUAUUUAUGUUAAUGUGAGGUAAAUGCUUUCACAUAAUGCUCCUUCACUAGAGUAUGCUUGUGGUGACCCAUUCUACAUGCACUCUGAACUGUAAACAUGAGGAACACUUUAGUGCCUUGCAUCUUCACUAAUGACAAGUUCCAGAUUCAUCUAGUCCUGUAGCUGUGACUUCAGAAAACUAAACCUAUACAUGACGUAAACACACAACAGGUGGCUCCCUAACUGCCAGAGGAUGUAAUACUCUGAAACAUUAGACGAGACACCACACAGGACUGCAGAACAAAGAGCACACUGAGUAAUGUGGAAGCGUUUUCGGUUCGCUCUACAGUUCCAUUUGUGUUGGUUGCGUAAUCUGCUGUGUAUUUAUAUUUGGCUCAAGCGUACAUGGAUUUGGCUGACAUUUGUUUCUGUGGAUUUAUCAUUAAACCGUUUCACAGAUGCACUUGUUCAGGCAGCAAGUGAGCUGUAUAAAGGUUUAAAGGUUGUCACGCUGGCUCAACUUUUGUCUCACCACCGCCUCACACGAGUGCCAUGCUGUCAUUGUGAUUCCUUUGGCCUGCUCGUAGAUUGGAUGAAUAGUUAAACUUCUCUAGAGAAAAAAUAAGUUACUGCAAUGCAGAAUAUGCAAUGUUUAAAAUUUUAAAGGGAGUGUGGGGUAAUGGAAACAUUUGCAUGCUGAUGAGGGUUGUUACCGACCGACUUCAAUGUUUUUGAUAUUGGAAUAUUAGAGAUCCUUUUUUUUUUAUUAUUAUUAUUAUUAUUAUUAUUAUUAUUAUUAUUAUUAUUAUUAUUAUUCUUCUUUGCCUUCCUGAGAGUAUUUGCAAAGAGUGAUCACAAAUCAGUUUGAUUGCCAUUCACCAAUAUCACAGGCAAAGCUUCGAUAUCAAACCAUCGACUUAUGAUUUCUGCAUGCCGGCUUCACUAGUGUUUAAUCUUACAAAUGACAACGUAACUCAAAACUGGCUACUGUACAGCACAAGGUCCCAACAAAGCUCCUAAGGUCCAUAUGCUCCGAUGCUAUUACCAGUAAUUAUCACAGACCUCACAGCACUGUUUGAGGCUUCUGACAUGCAGUGAUAUCUGUUGAGCUCUUAUUUUUGAUCCCUCCUUACUGACCUCCUGAGAUUCAGUGUCUGUUUUGUGUAUGUUUUUCACAUUGUACAAAUUGUAAAAACAAAUAAAAAUAUAAAUUAAAUCA